GGCCCGAAAUAUGACGUCGCCGCCGCUGCCACCACUACUUCCACUGCUCCGUCGUCAGCGCCUUCUGUCUCGUCUAACGGCCUGCUCGCUCUAUCUUUCAGCGACGCUCCUCCUCGCUGCUGUUGUUGUAGAAGGUUCCAACACUCCAGGCUUAGAAGAUGCUCAUUCUUCACCCAAGACGCAGCAGGAUAUCUACGACGCAGCGCAAGACAUGUGGGCAAAGGCACUGGCACUGAACACGUUGGCACCCGAAUACCAGGGCCAGAACAACACAGAGGUUACAGCCCAGGUGGGAGGGGAAGCUACCUUUAGCUGCUAUACCUAUCACCUGUCUGACGAUAUGGUCACCUGGCUGAAGCGUGAGGACGAUCAACUACUCACAGUGGGUCAGCAAGUGUACGUUGCCGAGAAACGAUUUUCCGCCGUCCACUCAGACCACACAGAGGCUUGGGAACUAUGGGUGAAGGACGUUCAGCUGGAGGACGCGGGCCAGUACGAGUGCCAGCUAACCACACACCCUCCAGUCUCGUUCUUCUUCACUCUCACCGUAACACAGGCCGAGGCUGUCAUCAGUGGUCCCGGCGUGGUCCACAUCGAGGAAGGGUCCCACUUGGCCUUCGAGUGCCACGUCCGCUAUGCCCCAGUCCCCCCCGUGUACAUCUUCUGGUAUCAUAACGGUACCAUGGUUAACUAUGGUACUCAGAGGGCUUUACAGCACCACAACUACACAAGCAGUCUUAAGGUGGCCCGCGUGACAGCCUCAGAUGCCGGAACCUACACAUGUGAGCCCCACCUGGCCACGCCUGCCAAUGUCACUGUGCAUGUGGUGACAGGGAAGACUCCGGCCGCAAUGCAGCACGGCAGAAACCAGGAGGACGGGGUGAACGGGGCCGCCCACGCCCAACCCCGCCCCUGCGGCUUCUUCCUGACCUUCCGGGCCUGGGCGUGCGUGCUAGCCGCCCUCUGCGCCCUCCUGGCUGCCCCGGGAGGCGCCCUGCCCUCCGUGUAGAGCCUGCCCUCA